AUGGUUUCCCGCUUUGCGAUUGUCACUGUUGGUGCAAUUUCCCUCCUCUUGACAGGACUUUAUCUGCGAAGUUUCGAGUCUGGACAAAUCAACGUUAUGUCUGAAUCGCAAUCUUCGGUGCCGAUCGAGGUGACAUUAUCGGUACCACCCAGUUCUUCUUCCAACCUGGGUGCGGCAUCCAUUCGAGUCACCAUCACCAACAACUCUCCGCACACCGUAUGGAUCCUCAGCUGGUCUUCACCCGUCGAUGCGCGCGCAGUAGUGACUGGCAUGUUCAAGUUUAUAUCGACAACAACGAACAAGCCAGCACCGUGCUUGGAUAUGAAGAUCAACAGGAGGAUGCCAGAUUUCUUCCUCCCAGAUGAUGACGCGAUUGUGGAGGUGCCAGCGAAAGGGACAUACGAGAAGGAUUUUAUCGCGAAGGAGCCAGAAGUUGCUCUAACGAAGGGGGACCGAUAUCGAGUCAAGACGGAAGGGUGGUGGAUGCGCGUUUGGGUUCAUGAUGGUUCGACUGAUGCUGCGAAACUCGAGGUUGAGAGUGCCAUAUCUGGGGAUUUUGUCAGCAAUGAGAUCGAAGUGGAUAUAGCAGAGGCAUGA